UUUGGAGGUUAAAGCUGGUCCAACAUGUGGCGGCUCGUUUACUCACAGGGGGUGCCUAUUGUGACCAUAUGCAGCCUGCGUUACGCCGUCUGUAUUGGCUUCCAGUUGAGUUCCGAAUCAUCUUCAAGGUGGGGCUGUUGACUUUUAAGGCCUUACGUGGCUUGGGGCCCUUGUACCUUCGGGACCACAUUACCCCAUACGUCCCUGCUCGGCCUCUGCGUUCGGCAGAGGCCAAGUUGCUGGUGGUCCCUGGCCCCUCAAUGAUGCCGCUGGCCUCCACGGGGGCCAGGGUCUUUAUGGCUCUGGCCCCGGCCUGGUGGAACACUCUUCCUCCAGCUGUCUGGGCCCUACGGGAUCUUGGUGAGUUCCGCAGGGCCUGAAGAGUUGUUCCACUGGGCCUUUGGGGAGACGAGCUGCUGAGUGAAGUGCCCCCUCCCUGUACCUAUUGUACUAGGGGUCCCUUAACAUUGUUGGGACCCACCGUUUCUCCCUCUUUGGCAGGGUUUUCAAUUAAGAAUUUUGCUGGAUGCCGUUUUAUUGUAUUAACUGUUGUUUUAAUGGAUGUUUAGUUUUAUAGUUUAUAGCAACCAUUUGCUAUAAUAGCUUGUGUGCUAUUUAUCUGUAAAUUAUUUAUCUAUAACUUAUUUAUUUGUAUUUAGCCAUUUGCUCCACCCGUUUUUGGGGUUGGGUUUUGGUUAUAUUUUGUGGUGAAACUUGUGUUGUACGCCACCCUGAGCCCCUUUGGGAUAGGUAUAUAAAACAAAAUAAUAAAUAAAAUAAAUAAAUAAAUCAAAACCAAAUGUUUUGUUAUACAGGUGAAUGUAAUCGCUGCUAGUUGGUGAGAUUGUGCGUAAUGCAAGUGAUGCUGCAAACAGUCCCAGUGAAAAUAAAUAGCACACCGAGGGCAAUGCUGUUACAAUAUUUGAUAUUUGUAAUACAUAUGAUAUUACCCAUUUUCCCCUUGGAAUUGUAACAGCAUAAUUGAACAAUAUCAAGAACCUCUGUGCUAAAGAGACAAGAUGCUUGAAUCAUAGAAACCAUCCAGUUUCUUUGCAUAUGAUCCUGUUAUUGAGACAGCAGAAGAAGCCACUGAACCAGCAGAGGUAGACAUUAACGGACUGUGUAAAGACAUGUUCAAUAAAAUGGCCAUUUACCUCACAGGGGAACUGACAGCCUCUAGCGAAGACUACAGACUCCUGGAAAAUAUGAACAAGCUCACAAGUUUGAAAUACCUGGAAAUGAAAGAUAUUGCUAUAAACAUCAGCAGAAACCUGAAAGACUUGAAUCAGAAAUAUGCCGGACUCCAGCCGUACCUCGAUCAGAUCAGCUUGAUUGAGGAGCAAGUGGCAGCUUUGGAGCAGGCAGCCUACAAGCUGGAUGCAUAUUCCAAGAAGCUUGAGGCAAAGUACAAAAAACUGGAGAAAAGGUGAGCAAAGCCGUUUCUGUGAUGGACCCUCUUCUUCCUGCUGGGCUCCUGGGCUGGUUGAAAAUCAGUCAGAAAACGCGCCACUGACUGUACUCAGUGUGUCCUGUGAAAAAUCCUCCUGACCAGAAGUGUGGUAAAACUUUCGGAACAGAGAUGCUGCUCUUUCCUGAGGUGGAAACGUUUUCCUCUCCCCGGAGACACCACGCCUUUUUGCCACUUCCCUUACGUAUUUGACUGAGGGCUGAUCCACAACCCACUGUUCACGGCCUCUGCUUCAGUCUGCCUGCCUCAGAACUCACUCUCUCUCUCUCACACACACACACACAAUCUUUACAGCUGCUGCUCCGACUUGUCUGUUUUCACCUCUUGUUUGAGCCAGAAUGUGGUCAUUUCUGGCGUAAGGAAAGCCCUCGAUUUGGGAGUGUGGAAGCUUCCACUGCAGAGUGAAGCAGACCCAGCAGCAAACCCUCGUGAUGCCUCCUCCCUGCUGUGCUUUUCUUUCUGCCUAAUAAAGGACACUUGGAAAGGAA